AUGUGGGUGCCGGUUGCAGCGGGGCGGCGGGGCCUUACCGUGGCCAUUGCGGCGGCCGCGGCCGGCUUAGCCCUGGCCAUGGCGGCCCUGCGCUGGCGGCGUCGCCCGGUCCGUGAGGUGCUGUUCUUCCCGUCGCAACCCAGCUGCACCGAGGCGCUGCUGGCCGAGGCGGCGGGGCCCGGCGCUCCGGUCCAACCCUGCCCCUGCCCGCUGCCGCGCAGCGACUGCUCCCUCAGCCGCCUGCUGCGGCGGCUCCUGUCCGCCCGCCGCUCGCUCGACAUCUGCCUCUUCGCCUUCUCCUGCCCGCAGCUCGGUCUCGCCGUGCGGCUCCUGCACCGCCGGGGCGUCCGCGUCCGGGUGGUCACGGACGCGCAGUACAUGGCGCUAAGGGGGUCGCAGAUCGGCCUCCUGCGGCUCGCCGGGAUCCAGGUGCGCCACGACCAGGGCCACGGGUACAUGCACCACAAGUUCGCCAUCGUGGACCGGAGGAUGCUCAUCACCGGCUCCCUCAACUGGACCACGCAGGCCAUCCAGACCAACCGGGAGAACGUGCUGGUGGUGGAGGAUGCCGAGUACGUGAAGCUGUACCUGGAUGAGUUUGAAAGGAUUUGGGAGGAAUACAGUCCCACCAACAACAGCUCUUUAUCCCAAGGACAGUGAUGGAGCUGCCUU